AUGGAGCCCGAGCGACGGCGGAGAAGACCAGCAGUCACCUGCAUCCUGUGUCGAAAGCGCAAAAUCCGCUGUGACAGGCAACUGCCGUGCAGCAAUUGCACGAAAUCCAAGAAUGCCACGUGCGUAUACAAAGACGAUCCGCGGGUUCCACGGAAGCAAGGCACUUUUGGCGAAACUGGGCAGACACGCGGCGGAUCGGAGGCUGCUGUCGUAAAUCCGAGAGCUGCCAGUUCGUCCUCGGAGCCACGGCCGCCAGCAGCAACAACAACAACAACAACAACCACAACAACCACCACCACCACAGACGCCAACACCACCUCCACCGCCAUCUACGGCACCGUUGGAAAGUCUGCCUGCAGCUGGUCUCCCGCAUCGAAAACCUAUGUCAAGCCCACGGGGAAGCCGGCGUCGGAGCAGACCGCAUCCGCGGGCGCGGGCGCGAGCUCGGCCAACCCGCCGGUUUCGACCUUGACAAGGAAUUCCCUCGUCGAAACCAGGACGCUGAACUUCUCUGGGAAUUUCUACUUUCACAGCGAGCACCGCCUGAACAAGCAGUCUCAGUCCGUCACGAGAAGCCUCGAUGACAUGAUUGAUUUUGUGGAGCGCUACCUGCGCGACGAGAGCAAGUCCAGAGUGUUGCACAUCGAAAGACGAAGUAAGGAGCUGGGCAGGAUCAUCAAGAAGCGCCGCGCGCCCCCGUGGCCCUGCCCACUUACCCCCGACUUGCCGGCCAGGGUGGUAGCCGACACGCUGGUUGAGAGCUAUCUUAACACAAGCGAGUCCGUCCUGCGCGUGCUGCAUAUACCCAGCUUUCGGCGCGAGUAUGAGGCCGUCUGGGAUCCCAGCCACGCCCCCGACCCUGCCUUCCUCGUCCAACUCAAGCUUGUCUUGGCCAUUGGGACCACCACCUACGAUACCGACUUCUCCCUGCGCCCGUACGCCAUGAGAUGGGUGUACGAAGGGCAGACGUGGCUCACGGCGCCCGAGUUCAAGCACCGGCUGGGCCUCACGGCCGUCCAAAACUGCAUCCUGCUUCACCUUGCUCGCGAAGCAGCGGGUGUAGGCGAAGACAUGGCCUGGGCUACCGUCGGAAUGACGCUUCGCAUAGCUAUGUACAUGGGUCUGCACCGGGACCCAGCCGGUCUGGGCCCCAGAACAAUGACGCCGCUCAUAGCCGAGAUGCGUCGCCGGCUGUGGAACACGAUCCUCGAGCUCGCGCUUCAGUCGAGCCUGAACGCGGGCGGGCCGCCGCUCAUCGGCCUGGACGACUUCGACACGGAGCCGCCCGGCAACUUUGACGACGACCAGCUCACCGGCCAGGAGGGCGAAACCCCUAAUGUUAUUAGCCCGAAGCCGCCCGAUCAGUUCACCCAGACCACCAUGGCUAUUGCUCUCCGCGCCGUGUUCCCUCAGCGUCUUGCCGUCGUCAAGUACCUCAACGACCUCUCCGGGUGCGGGACCUACCAGGAGACGCUCCAGCUCGACGCGCAGCUCCGCGAGGCAUGCAAGAACCUCACCCACACCCUGCACGCCUGCCAGGCGACGACGACCGAUCGAGGCCCGCCGACCGACCUCGGGCUCCGCAUCGUCGACCUCAUCCUACGCCGGUACUUUCUCGCCCUUCACCUUCCCUGCUUCGCCCCGGCCAUGCAAGAUACGGCAUUUGCCUUCUCCCGUCGCGUCGUGGUCGAGUCGGCCGUCCGCAUCUGGCGCGCCGUCUUCCCGCAUCCCUUUGCCCGGUCGCGGCCCGACGCCGACACGGAGGAGUGGGAUGCCCUGCAGCGCAUCGCCAUCAACGGGUCCGGUUUCUUCCGCACCGUGGCUGUGCAGGGGUUCAUCUCGAUCGCUGUCGAGCUCAAGACGCUCAUGCGGGAAGAGGACGGCUUCGGUCUCGGUCCGGUAGAGCCCCGGCCGGACUUGCUGGCGGUCAUGGAGGACUUCAAGGCGUGGUCGUGGAAGUGUCUGGAGUCGGGCACGACCAACACCAAGGGGUACUUGGUCGCCUGCAUUGUGUGCGCGCAGGUGGAUGCUCUGCGGAGGCGGAUGACGGAGGAGGACAUGUUUGCUCAUGUGGUCCGCGUGACCGAAGAGGGCGAGGAGCGCUGUCUUGAGCUGCUGGAGCGCAUCGAGGCCAGCACCCGCCCCGCUCAAGAAGCCUUGGAUGUCGGGGUCGACGGCAUAGGCAGCGGUAUGGGUUUCUCGCCGGACUUUGGGAUGGAAACUUGGGACUCCAUGCUACAACCGACCAAUCACCCGGUACUACCAUCUCGUCCCGCCGCAGCCGCGCACCGGCAGCAGCACGACCGGGCCGCCGCCGUCGUCACCGUCACGCCCGUCUUCCCCCCGGGCGACAACGUCGUCUUUGCCCACUCGUCCUUCUUCACCCGCCCCGCGCCCGCAGCCGGCACCCGCCAUUACUACUCCCACUAUUCUCCGGGCUUGCCCGCGCCGGCAAGCGUGAGGGCGGAGGUUGCGGCGCGCCUGGCGGCGGCUCGGGGAGGAACAGAAGGAAGUGCUGGUGGUACUGGUGGCGGUGGUGCGUCGGAGGCCAAGCUGGUCCCGUUUCCCGCGCUCGGGCUGCUGGUCAAGUACGGCCCCGAAGGCACCGGCGGCGGUGGCGGCGUCUCGGCUGCGGAGGCGAAGGCGAUGCUGCUCGUCCGGAGGGCGCUGAUGGCGCCGUCCUUGGCGAGCGGACCGUCCCCGGCCCCGGUGUCGGUGUCGGUGUCGGCACCAGUACCUGAGGUCUUUGGCUGGAGGAGGGACGCGGAGACGGGGGAGCGGUUCGUGUACAUGGACCUGCCUCAGGGAGAGAUGUUGGAAGACAGGUGGGCCGCGCUGAGCGAGGUGGAGAGGGAGGCGGUGUGCGCGCAGCUGAGGGACGUGGUGGCGGAGUGGAGGAAGUUGAGGCUCGGGGGUGUCGAGUUUGUCGGUAGCGUCGACAACGGACCGUUGCAGGACGAGGUGUUCCGGCGAUGCGCGAUGGCCGGCGCCCCUCCGGCCGGGCCGUUCCCGACGGUUGCGGCGUUCCACGACUACUUCGUCUCCAUGGCGGUCGCCGUCUCUCAGAGCAGGUAUGCUGCCGGGUCCGCUGGCGUCGGCGGCGGCGGGCAGGUCCGCUACACGCCGCACCAUCUCUUCCCGGAGCGCGUGCCCGUCGUGUUCACCCACGGCGGACUGCACCCGCGCAAUAUCGUCGUCUCGGCCGGACCGAGGCCGCGCGUCGUGGCGAUCCUCGGCUGGGAGCAGGCCGGUUGGUACCCGGCGUACUGGGAGCUCUGCAAGGCGCGGCUGGAGUGCUCGAGACGCGGACGGCUCGGCGGCUGGGAGACCAAGUAUCUGCCCUGGAUUUUGGACAGUCAGGGGUUGGAUGCUGAAAUGCAAGGGUGGAGAUUAGGGGCGUUGACUCAGUAUUGGGACUAUUUUGUCGGGUUGAUGUAAUCAAUGAAGCAGCUCAGGCAGGGCCGGCGCUGUCGCCAGGUGCGCUCAUCAUGCUGAUGAU